GAAGAGCACUUCGGUAAUGGUUAGGUGCGUCUCACACACAAGCCAUGGAAUGAUUGGGUGAGGAGGGCUCGGUGGAAUUCCUGCGUCAUCCUCCAAUCUAUGGGUCCCAGCUGUUUUUUCUUUUGUAUUUACAUCCAAUCGUGUUGGUGUGCCUGUGAUGGGUGUGAAAGACAACUGCUGUGAUUUGAGCAUGCGUCUAGUGGAUAUAUGUUUUGGGUCACUACUACUGGGUGUGGAAUCUGAGUUGGGCAAUGGCUACAUGUGUGUUGUUGCAGCAUUUUCAUGUGAGUGAUAGCUGUUUCUCAAGAACCCCUUAUUUGCAGUCUUCUAGAACUUCUCAGCUUUCGAAGCUCAGGCCUUGUGGGUCUUCAAUCAGAUGCCAAUCCACUAGCACGGAUAAACAGAAAUCAAGAAAUCUAUUGGACAAUGCGAGCAACCUCCUAACCAAUUUUUUAAGUGGGGGAAGUAUAGGGUCAAUGCCUGUAGCUGAAGGUGCAGUUUCUGAUCUUUUUGGUCGGCCUCUCUUCUUUUCACUGUAUGAUUGGUUCAUAGAGCAUGGCUCAGUGUAUAAACUUGCUUUUGGGCCAAAGGCAUUUGUUGUUGUGUCAGAUCCCAUUGUUGCAAGGCAUAUUCUUCGAGAAAAUAUCUUUGGUUAUGACAAGGGAGUUCUUGCUGAUAUACUAGAACCAAUAAUGGGGAAAGGCCUCAUACCUGCUGACCUUGACACCUGGAAGCAGAGGAGAAGAGUUAUUGCUCCUGGGUUCCAUGCUUUAUACUUGGAAGCUAUGGCAAAAGUAUUUACUGAGUGUUCAGAAAGAGCAAUAUUGAAAUUUGAGAAGCUUCUAGAAGGAGAGCACUUGCAUGGGGGAAAGACAAUUGAGUUGGAUCUUGAAGCUGAGUUUUCAAAUUUGGCACUUGACAUUAUUGGGCUUGGUGUCUUUAACUAUGAUUUUGGAUCUGUCACAAAAGAAUCUCCAGUGAUAAAGGCGGUAUAUGGUACUCUUUUUGAAGCUGAGCAUAGAUCGACCUUCUACAUCCCUUAUUGGAAAGUUCCUUUGGCAAGAUGGAUAGUACCAAGGCAGCGAAAGUUCCACAGUGACCUAAAGGUUAUUAAUGACUGUCUUGAUGGACUCAUCAAAAAUGCAAAAGAGACUAGACAGGAAACAGAUGUUGAGAAACUGCAGCAAAGGGACUACCAAAAUCUUAAGGAUGCAAGUCUUUUGCGGUUUUUAGUUGAUAUGCGAGGAGCUGAUGUGGAUGACCGUCAGCUAAGAGAUGACCUGAUGACAAUGCUUAUAGCUGGCCAUGAAACAACUGCUGCUGUUCUCACUUGGGCUGUUUUCCUACUCGCACAAAAUCCCUCCAAGAUGAAAAAAGCUCAAGCUGAGAUUGAUUCAGUUCUUGGUCAGGGCAGAAUAUCCUUUGAAUCACUAAAAAAAUUGGAGUACAUAAGACUCAUUGUUGCAGAGUCUCUCCGUUUGUAUCCUCAGCCCCCAUUACUGAUCAGACGUUCCCUCAAGUCAGAUUCAUUACCAGGUGGAUACAAGGGUAAAAAGGACGGCCACUCAAUUCCUGCUGGGACUGAUAUCUUUCUUUCAGUAUAUAACCUCCAUCGGUCCCCAUACUUCUGGGAUCGCCCCCAUGAAUUUGAACCAGAGAGGUUCCUAGUACCAAGGAACAGCGACAUUGAAGGAUGGUCUGGCUUUGAUCCAUCACGGAGCCCUGGAGCAUUGUACCCCAAUGAGAUUGUUGCAGACUUCGCCUUCUUACCCUUUGGUGGAGGGCCGAGAAAAUGUGUGGGAGACCAAUUUGCACUCAUGGAGUCGACCAUUGCAUUGACCAUGUUGCUGCAGAAAUUUGAUGUUGAGCUGAAAGGAGGUCCUGAAUCUGUGGAGUUGGUCACAGGAGCAACAAUCCAUACCAAGAAUGGCCUUUGGUGCAGAGUGAUGAAGAGGUCUGAUCUUCAUUAGAGCACAAGAGGUUACAUUGAGUAAAAUAAUUGAAUGAUGUAUGAUUUCCUUAUCAACGAGCUGCGUCCGUGUUUUGAACAUUGGAAUAGGGAAUGAGAAUGGAAAAAUCUCAAAAUCAUUCUGUUUCU